CCCCCCCCAACCCCGGGUAAUAUACCCCGUGAGCACCCUCCCCGUUACCCUGGGGGUGGGGCGGGGGUACACACGGGAGCGGCCUGUAUUCGGGGCCUUUUGCGGCGGCCGUGCGUGCCCGGGCCCCCGGUGGUGAGGGUGAGGGUGAGGGUGCGGGCUGUCCGUGACCGUGUGUCCCGCUUCCAGGCACGAUGCAGAUUUUUGUGAAGACUCUGACCGGGAAGACCAUCACUUUGGAGGUGGAACCCAGCGACACCAUCGAGAAUGUAAAGGCCAAGAUCCAGGAUAAGGAGGGGAUCCCCCCAGAUCAGCAGCGUUUAAUCUUCGCUGGGAAGCAACUGGAGGAUGGCCGUACCCUGUCUGAUUACAACAUCCAGAAAGAGUCAACUCUCCAUCUGGUGCUACGUCUGAGAGGUGGUGUUUUGGACCCGUCCCUCCGCAUUCUCGCUCAGAAAUACAACUGCGACAAGAUGAUCUGCCGCAAGUGCUACGCACGCCUCCACCCUCGUGCAUCAAACUGUCGUAAAAGUAAGUGUGGCCACACAAACAACCUGCGCCCUAAGAAGAAGCUGAAGUAAACACUGGGGCAGUUGGCAUCCUCCAAAUGCUCACGUUUGUGCUAAAUAUCAAAUAAAAGCACACAUUGCAUUGCA